AUGAUUGUCUUAUUAACUUUGAUUAUUAAUGGAACAAGUAGCAAAUAUUUAGUGAAGAUUUUAGGCUUACACCAUGGUACAAAAGAAAAUGAGAUUGUUCUUUUACAAGCAUUCGAACAUAAAGAAAUCAGAGUCACAAAUGUUUAUCUAAUUAUUCGUGGUCUUUUUCAACAUAAAAAUGGUACACCAACUACUUAUUAUAAAUGUGGAAGUAUCAUCGGAGCUGAUGCCUUUUUUAAUAACAAAUCCUCAUCGAAUGGAACUUAUUAUGCAAGUUGUGGACUCGUGGAAACAUUUGUGAUUGACGCAGCUGUGUUGCUUAGUUUAUUAUCUGACGAGAAAAUAUCUCGUUCGAUCUAUAAUGAAAUAGCAGCACAUGUGAUUACAAAUAACUAUUGA